AUGGCAAUGCCAUCGAGCGCGUUCACGAUGGAGCGAGAGGUGUCUGUUGAAAUCAUGAUUGUGUUGGAAGCAUGCCCAUAUACAAAAGAGAGUUCCGGCAAGGAGUCCGCUCCGCACGAUCUGACCGGCCGAGAUUGGCUAGCAUACCAGAGUGCAGGUGUGAAUGGUGUGGGCAAGAACAGCGGUGGUGUUGGCUUGAAACGCUGGGAGCCAAUCAUCCGGGCGAACUACUACGCGCCGAGGGGGAAACAGACAUGGGUAUUGCAGUUUAAAGGUGGCCAGGUGCAGUGGAAGUGGGGACUUUGCAAGUCGCGAUGCUGCACGGCUCUCACCACAGUCGACCUCAGACGUCCUUGUCUGUCUAUCUCUCCCUCUAUUUCGCAGUGGGAGUCUCAAGUCUUGGUCCUUACGCAGGACCCCAACGUCAACCCGUCCACUGACUGGCCAUGUGUUCGCGCUCGUGCGGAAAUGGGGCGUUUCCUUCCUCGCUUUUGUUCAUCUCUCCCUUGGUUCCUGCUCAUGCACCUUGCCAAUAGUCUAGAUGUUGUUCUUCAAUUCUCCGACUACUCUCGUCCUGAUCCAUGGACGCACGAGGCAUGUGGAGAUGUCAACGGCGAGCGCGUAUCAGAAUGUCAUUCGAGAGAGCAAGGAAGGCAUAGGCAGAGCAGAGGCAACCUUCCCUCGGUGUACAUUCAUGCUUCAACUGUGCGACUGCGCACGACCGACGGACAAGAGGUAACUGUAAAGGAUCGUGAUGGGAUCGGCAAAUGCGGGCAGUGUAUGGUAAAUCGUCCUAUCAGAAGGUCGUCUUAUGGCCCAUCCACCGAAGUGUCUGCAGCAGAGAGUGAUAAUGCAAGUUGAGUAUGGGCGCACACACCAAAGAGAAGAGAAAGAUCCACGGGCCCCACCUUUCGCAUCACUCGCAUUGACACUUCGUGCACACUGCAAUGCAUACUCGUGGAAUGGUGGUACUGUACGACAACAAAAGCCUGUAC